AUGAGGACAACUGACACCGCUCUAGCCCGAUUCCAUGGUCUGCCAAAAAUCCAUAAAGCAAAUGUCGCACUUCGGCCCAUCGUUGCCCUAAAAGGCAGCCCCACCUACAAUUUGGCAAAGUGGAUGUUCUCAAAACUGAAGUCCCUCCAAGGCAAUUCGACUACCUCAGUUCGAUCAGCCUCUCAAUUCCUCAUAGACCUCCGAGGUCGGAGAAUUCAAUCGGACGAAAUCAUGGUCUCCUUCGAUGUGACGUCGUUAUUCACAUCCAUCCCACCAAACUUGGCCCGCGAAGUCUUGCGCAAGAGACUUGAAGAGGCGUACGAUGAGACUCAGUAUGCCCUCAAAAUUGAACACCUCAUGAGGCUGUUUGAAUUCUGCCAACAAACUUUCUUCACUUUUGCGGGAGAGACCUAUGAACAAAUCAAGGGAACCCUAAUGGGCUCACCGGUCUCCGGUUUGGUGGCAGAACUGGUCCUACAGGAGUUAGAAAAGAUUGCCUUCCUCCAACAUGAACCGGUGUUUUGGCGACGUUACGUUGACGACACGUUCGUCAUCGUAAAGAAGAACAUGCUGCAACAUUUCCACAGCCUGAUCAACGCAGUCUUCCCUGAUAUAAAAUUCACGUGGGAAGAAAAACAGGAACAGCAGUUACCCUUCGUGGACGUGUUUUUCAGACGAAACCUUAACGGUGAACUUGAAAUGACGGUUUAUAGGAAGUCAACGAACACCACACAGUUUCUCGGUUUUCACAGCAACUAUCCGGUGGCUCACAAACGAAGCUGUGUGAAGACGCUCUUCAAACGCAUCCAAACUUAUUGCAGCAAACCAGAGGACAGAACACGUGAGGCCCGUUAUCUCCGCGACCAUUUUGUGCAAAAUGGCAAUCCUAGGGCAUUCAUAGGUUGUUGCCUACGCGGUCACCACCAGAGAACUCGAACAUCAACACCACCGACGAUAAAGCAUUCUCUGGCAUACACCAAGGCCGUUUCAGAAGCGACUGAGCACAUUGCUGCGGAGUUAGGUGUUGGAAUUGCACACCGCCCCAAAGCCGCCAUGCGCAAAAGGGUCAUGAAAAUCAAAGACCGGCUAAAGCCUGAAGAGCAGUCUGGAGUAAUGUAUCGCAUUCCCUGUCAAAACUGUCCUUUCAACUACACAGGACAGACUGGACGCAUGCUCGGAUCGCGCAUACACGAACAUAAGCUAGCUGUGCGACGAGGCGACGCAUGA